AGCGCGUCUCCGAAAGCACCACCGCAACUGACGAGUACGAGUAAUGAAUUCAUCAAUCUCAUCUGCGCUGUCCAAUCUCCAAACAUCUUCUCAGUGCGGUCAUUCUCGACUCCAUAGGCCAGUCCGUGGGAAUCCGCCAUCUCCUGCAUUCAACCGAGAGCCUAUCGUUCCUUGCGGGGGAAUGCCACGCCUCCCCUGGUUGAUCAGGCCUGUCGCCCUUCGACUUCCGUUCAGCCUAUCCUUGUCCCGAAAACCCAAGAAAUCCUCCUUCUGGCUGCCCCUGGUCAUCCUACCACCCACACCAGCCUUUCGGAUCGACUGCCAAUACACUUGGGGUGAGGCGGUGAUGCGGAAAAGACAUUGCCUUUCGUAUCGAUUUGGGGAAAUUGUCUGAAAGCAAGCUGCCUCUCGAAAAGGAUCAGUAUCAUUAUUAAUGCGGCCCAAAAAGAGGCGGACUUGGUGCUCAAGGGGCAGUCCGAUCCGCACUGGCGCAACGCUUGGCCCAGUGGCGCCUCCUGAUGUCAACGGCGUCUCUGCCAUGUGCACGUUUGACAGCGGAAUAACGUCUUGAUGUGCAGGUCAGGCUUGGGUCGGUCGGCGGUCGCCCCUUUAGCGAAUCGGGGGAGCAGAAACAAUAUAUCAAUCAGUGAGUCCAACCUCGUCUCUUGCUGCAACCACCCUGUUUCGCGCCCUUGUCUUGGAGGCAGAUAUAUGUUGCAUGACAAUUAUCUCUUCGCCCAGACCGGGAACCCAGGUUUCUGGAAGCCUUUUUGCCGAGUACACAGAGAUCCUUUUGUACUACAAAGUGUCGAAGAUCUGCACGGUUCCAACCGAGGUGUGCUCACUGUAGGCAUUCGACCGAUGUGAGCAUUGUCGUGCAAAGCCGUUGCUACGCUGCCACAAGUUGUCCAGCGAUUGCGAUACCUAUAUUCGCUGAGGUCAGGUGGGAGACUUGAGCGCCCGCCAGGUAUCCUAAGCCUCAACUGACAGCCUCACCGACUUUUAGCCCUUGAGGGCUUCACACCACUUGAGUCCUUUGGUAAGUGUGCUGGCUCUCUGAAAAAUGAUGAAACACGCCCACUCCGUCAGUCUUCAGCGUUAUCGAACAGGUCAUCGCUACACAGGAAACCAAGGCUUGCGACGCGGCCUGAGUGUGCAGCUUCAAGUCAACACCACUGUACGAUAUUGAGCUGCGAGUAGAUUUUGGUUAAAGCCCCCACUGCAAAGGUCGCUGAAAAACAAAGAUUUAAAAUCAUCAAUUCUUCCCCGACGAUUUGCACUUUGCUCCGGGUCUUCGCUACCGCUCGAUUCUUCAGAGCGCCGACGACUCGACGGUGGUCUUCAUGUCUUGCCACAGAAUCACGGCUCUCGCGCCUUUGUGGCCCUUGCAGCUCCGCGACCCAAUUUCUCACUCAGGUCAUCUCACAGACCCAGACAGGGCAGCCGAUUCCAAUUCCUUGGAAUCACCUUCAAUUCUUUUCGACCCCGAAAAAGAUCACAAUACCCAUCCCCGCGAUUACCCGCCACUUUCAAGCACUCGCUGGAUUUCUGCCCACCCGAAUUCUGCGUCUAUCUCCUCUGCAGCAUCUCCACAAGUUGAAUUAGUGGUCACAUCCGAUCAUGAUCCAAGGCAUAAUGCGGUGAAAAUGUGUUGCGGACGGAAGCGAGCACCAGAGUCGGUAUCAAAUCAAUCGCCUUCCUCAGAGCGGACAAACAAAUGGUGUUCUCCAAUAAGAUCCUGUGGACCUUCACCACCAGGCUAGAAAAUGCAUCGAAUAUUCCACUUCGCCCAAGAUCUGCCUUUCUGUUCGUAAGGUGGACGUUCCCGGAGUCCUCAGAAGAGAAACGGAUCCAGGUGCCUGGGCCAGCAGUUCGCUUGGAAAGGGAAAGCACAUAAGAACGAACCAACCCAUGUCUGUGUCAUGCUCAGACCCAAUUUCCUGGUUCUGCUUGACCAGUCCAGACUGUCGGUAUUGGAGCGAAGCAUUUCGACGAACAUUGAGGUUAUCCAUAAGCUUUGACGAGCCUGGUGUGUUCUGGCUUUUGGCAGCCUUCAUCACGACUAUAGCCACAGUCAAGUUCAGUUUUAUCUGUUUCCGCCGGAAGCCUCCCAUGAUGCUACUCUCAGUGUGUGCUGGAGCCGCCUCCGUCAUCUUUCUUUGCAUCGCACCAGUAUUAGCCGUCGAUCAGACAGUGGACCCAAAGUUAGUUGCGAAUCUGAAGAUGGCAGCGACAAUGAACGACCGACUUCACAUGCUUUCGGACCAGCAGCUUCUCUAUAACUUCUCCUCCAACCCGAUGUAUUCCUGGAAACCGGGAAGUGUCUGCAAUGCAAACGCUGCAACCUGGCCUGUCCUCUCCACCGUUGGGGCGACGGUGGCGCAGCUCAAUCUCGGGCCAUGUGCGAUGCUUGCACCGCACUUACAUAGGGCCAACAACCUCGUUGUUGCAGUGAGUGGCACAACCCAUACAUAUAUGGUGCAGGAGAAUGGGGCACGACUAGUGGAGCAGGUCUUGACUCCGGGAUUGAUGACCAUCUUUCCCCCGGCCAGCGUGCAUUCUAUGUACAAUAUUGGCUGCGAAAAGAAUCAACUCUACUCGUUCCUCAACGAUGCCGACCCGGGAACAUUGAACAUAGCUCAGGCGUUCUUCAUGAUGCCGAAAGACAUUGGAACCCAAGUGAUGCCAUUCAUCAACCUCACCAACGGGAACUGGACAGCCACAGGUCAGCGUAUCCCAGCAGUCGGAACAGGAAGUCAGGACGGAUUCGAAGCCUGUCGACAACGAUGUGGGCUUACUACGAGGGCAUAUGCCGACGUGUCUCUGGUUAUAUAGAUGCGAUGGUCCUCCCUUUCUCGCUUUCCUGCCAAGGUCUACUACUUUGUUCGAACUGCUUUUCGGCGUCGGCUUUAUGGACCAUGCCUCUCAUUGCUGUUGGGGUUUUGUUCGAAGAAACUUGCAUUGGGUAUCUUAUGGCCCAAGCGAUGGACACAAGUUACAGCUUGUCCGCUGUGCCAAAACACUCAAGCAUUCACGAGGCGGGUUCUGAUUCUUGUGGUUGUUGAUUUCUUUCUCGGUCACUCCUUUAGCGGAAAUACUCGACCAACAUUGGUGCGAUCUAUAUAAAACAUGCGCUCAUCGUUGCUGAUUUCAGGAUAAGAUGACCCAAGCAUUUCCCAAUCUCACGUCUCCACGCCAAUAACAACACCAAAAUCACUUUUCAGAUGCCUGAAGCCGUCACGAGGAGAACUCAAAUCAC